AUGUCGCCGCGUACAAAGAAUCCAUCAGUUGGAAAUGAUGGAAAUUCUUUACGGGUUCCUUCCGCACGCUCGAGUCCAGCGAAUGAAGAAGAAAAUGAAGAAAAUAGGGUUUCCCAAGAAGAGGAAACCGAAGGUGAAGAAGAAAGGAUUUCGGACYAUGAAGGAUCCYAAGGUGAAGAAGAACGAGUUUCAGAGGAGGAAGAAGGUUCCGGAGAGGACAUAGAGGAAAAUGUAUCAACGGCGGUGGAGAACGAUCGAGAUGCUGAUGACUACAUUGUUCAAAGUUGGAAGAAUAGGUAUUUCAUUGUCAAAAAGCCUGUUUUUCUUCCAUUCAUGUACGACCUUGAUGUCUAUGCCCAAAUGAAAGAGGCUGCUGAGAAAGAGGCUGUUGAGGAAGAGGGGGCAGAGGAAGAGGGUGCUGAGGAAGAGGUGGAUAAUGUGGAGGAAGAACUGCAGGUGGUGUCUAAUGAUGAAGUGGAAAAGCUAAAGAAAGACAUGUUAGAUCUACAAGAAGGAAUGUUGAAGAUCAAUAAAAGUAUGGAAGACGAUUUUCAAAAAUUGAUAAACUUGAUUGGUGGGCAGGAUACAAGGUUAAAGGAAAUGGAAUCAUUUGUCAAGUCUCAAACUUGGAAUGAUAGCCGUUUUGAUCCUACACCAACUGCUGCGGGUUGUGGUGAUGGUCUGGUGACACCAACUGUUGCGGGUGGUGAUGGUCUGGAGACACCAAAGAAUGCCCAGUCAGAGCCUGUUCAAGAAUUUGUAUCAUGUGAAGAAGGUUCCAAGGAUUGUGAGGGAGAAGGUUCCAAGGAUAGUAAGGAAGAAGGUGACGAGGACAAAGGUGAAGAAGGUGAAGAAGGUGAAGAAGGUGAGAAUGAAGUAGUUGGUCAAAAGAGGACGAGGAAGCCAUCAGAUGCAAAGAAAUCUUCCUACACCACUAUGACGGAGGAAAAGAAGAGGAAGAAAGCAAAAUCCAAGAAAGACUGA